AUGCCAUGUGACAACACAAUUUCCGACGUAAAACAAAAACCGAAUAUAAUAUUAUUUUACAAUAAUACCAAAGGUGGAGUAGAUGUAAUGGAUCAUAUGUUGGGGCAAUAUACCACGAAACGCAAAACAAAUCGUUGGCCGCUUGCUGUUUUUUAUAAUAUGAUCGACAUAUCUGCUCUUGCUGCCUAUAUAGUAUAUUCGGAAAAUAAUCCGUCACGUUUUACAUGUAGAAAAGGUGGACGCCGAUUGUUUCUAGAAGAAUUGGCGGAACAAUUGUGUAUGCCAACGAUAUUGAAGAGAUCAAGCAUUCCAAGGGUUGUCUCAUAUUUUCCAACAAAAAAUGCAAUUGAAUGCAUAAUUGGUAAGCCGAUUCAUUCCUUGAACAGCUCCACAUCUGUGGAUUUUAUUCCAGAUGAAGAUGAUCGCGGACAUUCAACCAUAAAAGGUGCUUGCUAA